UUUAAGAGCAUCGGGAGGCUUUUUUCUCUUAUUGGGUAUGGCUGGAAACUCCCCCAAGCUGCAAAGUUUAAACAGCCCUGGGGAACCUGCCUGUGCUGGGUGGAGUCUGAGUUCAGGUCAGAAGUAUCUUUCAGGGAACCAGGAGCUCAGGAUCAUGUCAGGGAAGCCCAGGCUUACCUACUUGAAUGGAAGGGGCCGGAUGGAGUCCAUACGAUGGCUGUUGGCAGCAGCUGGUGUGGAGUUUGAAGAAGUUUAUUUGGAAACAAAAGAGCAGUAUGACAAGUUAAUCAAAGAUGGAUUCCUGCUCUUCCAGCAAGUGCCCCUGGUUGAGAUUGAUGGGAUGAAGAUGGUGCAGACCAGAGCCAUCAUGAGCUACAUAGCAGGGAAAUACAAUCUGUAUGGGAAAGACUUGAAGGAGAGAGCCCUGAUUGACAUGUAUGUGGAGGGAAUAUCAGAUCUGAUGCAAAUGAUUUUGAUGUUUCCUUUCUCUCCACCUGAUGCAAAGGAGAAAAAUAUUGAGUCAAUUAAGGAGAGAGCAACUAACAGGUAUUUUCCAGUCUUUGAAAAGGUUUUGAAACAACAUGGCCAAGACUUUCUUGUGGGCAACAAAUUCAGCUGGGCAGAUGUUCAGCUAAUGGAAGCCAUUUUAGCAGUGGAGGAGAAAGUUCCUGAUGUGCUCUCAGGGUUUCCUCAGUUGAAGGUGUUUAAAACCAAAAUGAGCAAUAUGCCUACAAUUAAGAAGUUUCUGCAGCCUGGAAGCCCAAGGAAACCCCCACCAGAUGCCCAUUAUGUAGAAACUGUGUUGAAGAUUUUUAAGAAAUGAAAGGCUUGCCACCUUUGGAGAGACCCAAAAUGCUGGGAGAGCUGGGGAAAGCAGAGCAGCAACUCCAAACCCUAAACCAAAAGAGAAGGAAGCUCAGCAAAUUAGUAUUGUUUUAGUUAAAACCAGUGCUAGAGGAAGAAAGCAACCCAUACUAGAAAUAAAGCAUUCUAUUACACUGGCAAUGUGACAGCAGCUUUGUCUUUAUUGAUAUCAAAUGCUUGGCAAAACACGAAAACAAAGGACUAUGGAGGCAAAGAACUAUUUGUAGGGUAGGGAAUUUAUUAAUUUUGAAAAAGAACAAUGCAGUGUUAGUAUUGUCAGAAUGUAACUUGUUGCAGAAGAUAGCUUCUACAUUAAAAGAAGCUCGGGAUAAGAGCUGUGGAAGAGAAGGAAGAGAAGACUCGCAGCACCACUUACCCUUUAAAGAAGUAGACUUGUUUCAAAUUUCCUUUUUUAAAUUUAAAGCUUGUGGGU